CGAGAGGGAAUCAGAGGGAGAGAGAGACAGGCAGAAGGCGCACGAAAAGCGGCUCUGCAGCUGAAUAAUGCACACGGCGGUGAAGGCGAGCUAAGCGCUGCAUUGUGCCGGUUUGUAGCCUGUCGCUCCGGCGCCCUGACGAGGAUAACAUGUCACACUACCGCUUCAUCAAAUGCUGUUGUUUCCAGCUAUGUAAUGCCUUCAGGCAGAACAUGGAGAUAGACCAGUGCCUGCUGGAGUCUUUACCUCUGGGGCAAAGGCAGAGGCUGGUGCGGAGGAUGCGUUGUGAUCAGCUGUGUGCAUACUACGAGCGUGAACGGACCCAGAAACCUCUGAGCAGUCAGCGCAAGAAACAAUCCAUCAGCUUCUUCGUCUCUGACAUCCUCCAGGACGCCAUCAUACGCCACGAUGAUAAAGAGGUGCUGAAGCUACUGAAGGAGGGAGCUGACCUAAACACAGUUCUCUCGUCAGGAGGUUCGCUGCUCCAUCUGUGUGCUCGCCAUGACAAUGUGUUUGCAGCAGAGAUUCUGAUAGAACGAGGCCUGAAUGUCAAUCUGCAGGAUGAAGACCUGUGGACUGCGCUGCAUGUGGCCUGUGCCUGCGACCACACUGAUAUGCUGCUGCUGCUGCUUCUGUCUGGGGUCAAUGCUCUUCUGCAGGAUGUAAACGGAAACAUACCGCUCGACUACGCCAUGGAGGGGAGCGAGAGCAGCUACAUUCUCACCACGCAUUUGGAAGAGUGUGGAGUGGAUGUGAGCUCCAUACACCAGAUGAAGACUCAGAGAGCCUCUGUCAUGCUGUCAGACGUGCGACAGCUGGUCAGCAGCGGAGCCAACGUCAACCAGAGAAACGAGGACGGAGUCACACUGCUGCACAUAGCUUGUGCUAGCGGCUAUAGGGAUGUGGUGUAUCUGUUACUGGAGAGCGGAGCAGAUGUACAGGCGACAGACAGCAGCUACUGGACUCCACUCCACCUGGCUGCCAAAUAUGGCCAGAUGCAUAUUGUAAACCAGCUGCUGAAGCACAAAGCCGACCCCACUCUACUCAACUGCAAUCAAGAUAAGGCUUCAGAUGUUGCUGCAUCAGAUAAAAUAGCUGAAGUUUUGCUGAAGGCGGAGGAAUACUGGGUGCAGAGACAGAAGGACCCCACAUUGCUACUCCCUCAUUCAGAAGAACACUGUGAAGACCUCAACCAGGAUGUCAGCAUGCUGGUGAAAAAAUUAACGCCUAUGACAUUGCCCAUUUCAAAGAGGGACAGCCUGUCAGAGAAGGACAUCAUGUUUCGGGAUUCAGGAGCCCUGACCUGUCAGUCGUCCCAGGACAAUGGGCUGGAUGGGCCCUAUCCCAGUAGCACUAACAAACUGGAACAGGUAAAGUUAAUGCCUCCGGCUCCAAACGACGACCUGGCCUCUCUGAGCGAGCUGACGGACAGCAGCCUUCUGUACGAGAUGCAGAAACGCUUCGGCAACAACCAGAUCUAUACGUACAUUGGUCACAUUCUCCUUCUUAUAAACCCCAACAAAGACCUGCCCAUCUACUCUAAUCUCGUCAGUCAGUUGUAUCUGAGCUCCAGUGGUCGCCUCUGCUCCUCUCUCCCUCCUCACAUCUUCUCCUCAGCUGAACGCGCGUUUCACAUGAUGUUGCAGGAACGACGCCCUCAGUGUUUCAUCUUAAGUGGCGAGAGUGGUUCGGGGAAAUCCGAGGCCUGUAAGCACAUCCUGAAACACCUCGCUGCCCGAUCAUGUCCGAAAGGAUUCGCUCUGGAACUACGCAUGAAGCAUGUGAACGCUAUCCUGGAAGCUUUUGGCCAUGCUAAGACGCCUAUGAACGCUAACUCCAGUCGCUUUGUUAAGCUGCUUUCCCUGCAGUAUAGUGAGAAAAGAAGGACUCUACUCCGAGCACGCGUGCACACUUACAUGCUGGAAAAGGCUCGGAUUGUCCACACACACCAACAGCAGCAGAAUUUCAACAUCUUCCAUCUGAUGGCUGAUGGGCUUUCAGCUGAGGAGAGGAGUACCCUAAACCUCGACAAUAUUAGAGCCCAAAGGUACCUGAGCUCAGUGACACCUGGUGAAGCGCCUGCAGUGAACAUGGAGCAGAGCAAAGAGAAGCUGGCAGAGCUGAAACAUGCACUGAGUUCCCUUGGAUUUAACAAAUCAGAAGUGGAAAAUCUGUUUGUCAUCCUCUCUGCGCUGCUCCAGCUGGGGGAGCUGUAUUUCACAGCCCUGACGGACGCUGACACGGCACUGGUGUCUGACCUGCAGGUGUUAGACCGAGUGGCGGGAAUGCUGCAAGUGAGUCCGGAGGAUCUGGGGGCCGCUCUAACCUCUGAUGUUCAGUAUUUUAAAGGUGAUGUCAUCACACGGCGCCAUACAGUGGAAAUGUCCAACCAGUACAGAGAUCUCCUGGCCAAAGCUUUGUAUGGACGACUCUUCAGCUUUCUAGUCAACAACAUUAACAGUUAUCUUCAAGGUCAAGAUGAGAGCCUUGGAGACUCUUAUCUUGAGAUCAGCAUCCUGGACAUUUUUGGCUUUGAGAAAUUUCAGAAGAAUAAGUUUGAACAGCUGUGCGUAAACAUGGUAAAUGAGCGGAUUCAGCAAUACACCACAGAGCUGCUCUUCCAGCAAGAACAGCAGGAAUGUCUGCAAGAAGGGGUCGCCAUGGAGACCGUACGCUCCCCUGCCUGUCAGCCUGCACUUGUGGACUUCUUCUACCAGAAGCCUCAGGGCAUGCUCUGUGUGCUGGAUGAGGAGAGUCAGUCGCUGAGGCCAUCUGAACUCAACCUGUAUAAGAGACUUCAGGCCCAGCUGGACUCCACAACUACAGAUGCCGUUCUACUUACUACCAAGGAUGGCAAUGGGAACCCCCCACCGAAAGAUCAGGGCCCGUCUUUUACUGUUGCACACUACGCUGGAAAAAUGAGCUAUGACCUCACAGGAUCGUUGGAGAGGAAUAAGGAUGCUCUGCCCCAAAACAUCCUGUUUGUCCUCAAAUCCAGUGAGAACGUGCUCAUCCAUCAAAUGUUCCAGUGUAAGCUGACGCAGACAGGCUCCCUGGUGCCUCCGAACCAGCGGCUACAGCUGCGCAGGUCCAGAGGCGCUCUGCUCCUACAUAUGCCGAGCUCAGCCGGCAUGCCCAAAGAUGCACAGAAAUAUUUGGAGCUCAAAAAGCUCAUGAAGAAGAAAGGCGCCACAUCAUUCAUGCAGAGGCUGGAGCGCUGUGGCCCCGUCACUGUGGCCGUGCAACUGCGGAACUCUUUAUCGGAGAUCAGCAGUAAGCUCCAGCUGUGCACUCCUCACUUUGUGCAUUGCGUGAGACCCAACAGUUCGAGCCAGGCCGACGCCUUCGACAGCUCCCUGGUGUCCGCUCAACUGCAGUAUGUUGGAGUUCUGGAGAUGGUGCACAUGAUCCGCUACGGCUACCCAGUGCGCAUGCCCUUCACCGGCUUCCUCACCAGAUAUCGAGAACUGGUGGACACCACACUCACACAUGGGAAGAUGAUGUCCUCUGAAGAGAAAUGCCGCCAUGUUCUCCAGCACUGUAAGCUCCAGGGAUGGCAGUUGGGAAGCAGCAAAGUGUUCCUGAGGUACUGGCAGGCUGACCACCUGAACGAUCGCUGCCAUCAACUUCACAAGAAGAUACUUACCUGUCAGAAAGUGGCACGUGGCUGGCUGGUAAGGCACCGUGUGCGCGGCAAGCUGAGCUAUCAGCAAAGAGAGCAGUGCAACAUACAACGAUUUCUGCAGGGAGCAGAAGACUUGGGCCUUCGUGCUUACGACAGUCUGGUCAUCCAGAACGCGGCAGAUAUUGCACGAGAAAAUGAUCGUCUGAGAGGCCAUGCCAUCACUCCACCACUGGGGGAGAGACCCGAACCUGUGGGAAUAGAGGAUGACUCACCGAGAAGGCCUGUAGAAAAAAGCGUAAGGGGGAAUGACGCUGUGGGCCGUGCUGGGAGCUGUCCUUUCAGGCACUUCCGUUCCAGUUCUGUGCCUAUCCCUCUAGUCAUAGACAACUUGGUACACCCCAGCUUUGGACCAUCAAUCAAACCAGCCUUUCAGUCUGUAAAUCAUAGCAGUGAAGACGGGGGUAGUGGAGGACUGUCGUCGCCAAGGAAACAACCGCCUCCCAAACCAAAAAGGGAUCCUAACACGCGUCUGAGUGCAUCCUAUGAGGCAGUGAGUGCUGGCUUGAGCAUUGCUCCUAAGGACAGUCCUGCUGAGGGCCAAGUCUCACCAUCAGGAAGCCCGCCUACUACCCAGUUAUCCCCCAGUGACCCUCUCUCUAAACCACGUCCUCACAGCGAUGACUACAGCACCAUGAAGAAGAUUCCUCCUCCCAAACCCAAACGCAGCCCCAACACCAAGCUCACAGGCUCCUACGAGGAGAUCUCAUCUGCUCCUGCUCCUGUGCGCCCUACAGACAUGAAGCUGGCGUGCCUGACACGCAGUGGACACUUUAUGGGCCUCGUACAGCGAGUAUCCUCUGAUGACGGACCACACAUGGCCACACUGACUGUACAGCAAGGACGGGAUGAUGAGGACGUCUACAUAGAGAUGGUGAGCACAUGCAGGGCGCUGAGCCUGGCAAACUCUCACAGUCCAGAGCAAAAUGAAGCUGUGUAUGAAGAAAUGAAGUACUACCCACAUGAUGAGGUUGGAACUGUUCCUCAGGUCACCAAGCCUGAAGUUUGUGACUCCACCCCCUUGACUUGUGCAAUUGCAAAGCUGCCACAAACUCUACAACCCAAGAGACCUGUAGCCCUUAUGGACCAUCCAAACAUGCUGAUAGGACGACAGCAAAGCUGGGAUGGAGAUAAAAGGAGUGAAAAAAUGAAAAAAGACGGAACGGCAUGUGACAUUCCCGCACCCUUUCCCAACCUGCUACCACACAGACCCCCUCUCCUGGUGUUCCCUCCAUCACCAGUCACAUGUUCUCCAGCCUCGGAUGAGUCCCCGCUCACCCCUCUUGAAGUAAAAAAGCUGCCCGUGUUCGAGACUAACCUCAACUACUCCAGCCAAGAUGGCGGCAGCCCACUUUCCCCCCAGUAUAGUCGCCAGAGAGCUGACUCCUCCCCUAGUCUUUCUGUAUUAAUACCUGACAAAUCGACCCCCCCUCUGACUCCACCCCCACCUGCAGCUCCUCCUCCACCUUAUCGGCCUCCAUCGCACUUCCCUUUCCCCCCUGAAGCGAACUUCCAGGUCCUGAGCCGUGCUAAUGCAGACUCCAAAAUGACUCAUAAAGGAGGGCACAGUUUAGCAGAGACACCCCCGGGCAGUGCCAAGCCUCCCUUCUCCCCAGUGAAGUCUUCUCGGCCAGAGCCACGACGAGCACACUCAUGUUCAUCCUCACCACUGCUGUUCAAUCCAGCUAAUGGGAGAUCCCUCACAAGCCCCCUUGAUGAGUUAAAUACACUUUUCAGUUCUGGGCGCAGUCUGCUCCGCAAGUCCACAACCGGGAGAAAGAUUAGAGAUAGCGGUUUUUCCAAUUCCAACAUGAACCUUCCAGGAAGAGAAGAGCAAGGUCCCACUACUUCAUCGCCACAGCUACAGGACAAAAACGCCAAUCACCGAACAUCCUCACCCAACUCCCCUAUUCCUGCCAUGGAGAACGGGAACCAGAUCUCCAAUGGAACAUUAGAGGACGAUGGACACCACAAAUCACUUGCAUCCAGUGCCUCUUUGCUACACAGGCAUAUGGACAGCCAUCACAGUCAGGUCUUCCGGCGAUUCUGUGUGUGGGGGGAUCAGGGGUCUACUUUCCAGGAUUUUUUGCGACGGAGGCGGAGUGUGUGCGAUGGUCGAACAGACUGGCAGAAUGCCUGGCUCCAGACACAUGGCUUCCCUACCAUACUAAUAAAGCACAAGAGUAAAACGACCAAGAAAACAUCAUCACCUUAAGAAAGUGGUACCUCUGCUGAUCGUGUGUCCUUGAGAAUGGAAACACAGAUAGGACUAAAAAAGACACAGAUUUUUUUUUUCCCCUUUCCUUUUAUUCUAACUCUCUCUUAUCACUCAUGAUUUGGAUGAGCCCAAGGAGAGUCUCAAAUCUGUCUCUCAGGCACCAAAUAAUAUGGAACCCAAAGGACGUACUGCCAUGUCUUGUGUCUUGGUGACCCUUCUGUCAGAUUCAAAUGCUGGUCUGUGUUGAAGACUCUGUUCGAGUCACAGAGAUUGCAAUUAUAUCUGUAACCCAUCUCGCUGCACUGUAGUCUCUAUUUGUAUACCGUAUUUCAGUGUUGCUACUUCAGAUCAAACUGGUGCUGGCUGCUCUUGUGAUUCUGUUGCCUCAGUUUGAUAAAAAGCUGGUAUUGGUGGCCCGGCUUAGGGACAGCAUGGCAUAAAGGAGCUGGGCUGCAGACAUUUCUACAGUUUACACAACGAGUCUCUUUGUGCUGACCUUCUUUGUGAACUGUGUCUUUACUUCAGGUUCAGCGAUGCAGCUACGUCUCACACUUUUUCAGGUGCUUCUGAGACCCACCUUCAGAUGUCACGGGCAUUAAAAAUGGCUUUUGUGAACUCUUGUGGGUUCAGGUAAACUCUCAGUGAUAUCCCAGGGUGCACUUUCGUCUGACACAAGCACCACUUUCAGAUGCUAAGCACACAUUUAACCGAGUGGAGAAUUGCACACUCAGUGCCAACACAGACAGCAGACAAACAGAGUAUAACAAAAAUAUUAAAAUUUAAAGUGUAUAACACGGGAAACUACAACUUCUGUAAUUUCUAUCUGACGUAAGACAAGCGGAACUAAUAACCAGUUAGUUCAUUAAAAGCAAACAUACGUGUGAAUUUAAAUAAUAAUUUCACCCGAUUUUUAAAAGUUGGGAGAAACCAUUGGACUGGAGUUGAUGCCACUGUACAGGCAGUUGACCAUGUUACAGCACAACAACAGUGCAGUGUAGAAGUAAUUAGACAGGGACACCAUCCUGUACUUCAGCAAGGAUACCAGGAGCUUAUGUUAAAGCAAUGAAGUAUACAGGCAUCACUGUUUGCUGUCAGGAGAACAUUGUCAUUGUGCAAUUACUUGAAGUUCACUGUAUCUUUUCUGGCCUUGUUUGAGGCCACGAGCUAUCAUUUGUUUUUAAUUAGUACAAGUAAAUACCAUCUCAAAAAGAUGAAAAAACAAGUGUUCAAUUUGUAAUAUAUACAUGUGCUUAAUUCGUAAUGAGACAUUGCUUUCUGUGUUAUCUGUCUAGAGCUUCACAUGGACUGGAAGUGUCCAAUAUAAAGAACUGCAGUUGUAAUGAUCAACAUGAUAAGCGCCUCUUCAUACACUUCUGAAGUGAACCUUUUAAAAAUAAUGAUAUGAAAAUGUCACGUCUGCAGUGACGCUCAAACAGUUUAUAUAAUCAGUAAAUACCCGUCAUCUUUGCACGGCAACAAUCACUUCUCCGUAUGUUCAGUUAUUAUUGUUUUACUUGGACUUUUUUUUUUGUCUGUAAUUUCUUGACCUUCAUCAGGCCACAUUUUAGUACAGACCUGUUUUUUUUUUUUUUUUUUUAACUAUAGUAGGGUUAUUUCAGAUGUGUUCUACUGACAUGAUUGAAAUGGGUCUCCAAACUUGGUUUCUUUCAUGCUUGGGUCAAGAUAAAACCACACAUUUACCCAGUUUUAUUGAGACACAGCAAAACGUCUGUUCAAUAUGAAUGUAAGAAUGUUGAAGUAAGCGCACACUCAUACUACCUGUGAAAAAUAAAAUGAAAUAUCAGAGAGAGAGAGUUUAAUAAGUUAAUGUAAUUUUCCUGGAGACAGAUUGUUAGUUGUAAACUACAAAAGCACAUUCAGUGCAAAACCACCACUGAUGUUCACGUUUAUUACAAGACUAGUCUUAUUCAAGAAUCUAU